AUGCCUGUUUCGUGGGAGCCUUCAGGUUCGGAGUCUUCAGAAUCAGAGAACGAGGUGCACCGCCGCUUGGGACAGUGGUGGCACAGUUCACGACGCCUGGCCCCGCAGGAGAGUGAGACAGAAAGCCAAGACGAAGAUGCAGAAAUCGGAGAGGCGGUGCCCGCGGUGCCGCGGAGAGCAGAGAGCAGAGCUGUGCUGAGCCCCCCUCUCCCCUCCGCUGCGCUGCCUUCCGACUCCGAGGCGCCCACUCCGAAAGGUCUCGAGACCUCUCUGGCCGAGGCCCCGGAGGCCCCGGAAGCCCCCGCAGGGGAGAGCUCCGCUCAGGCCAAGGUUCGCCCCCGCUGCGCGCUGCAGCGCCUACAGUAUGGCGUUUUUGUUUUUUUUGUUUUUGGUUGCGGAGAGGUGCUGAAGUGGGUGCCGCCGUUUCACACAGUUCGGCAGCCCUUGCACCGCUCCGCUGAGAGGUGGCCAGGACCGAGAGUGGGUUGGUCCGAGCUUUACGAGCUGGAGAUCGACUUGAAUCUGGUCAAAGGCAACAUCGAGCUGUCCUCGAAGCGGCUUAUCAGCCGCGCCGAGGGACCGGGCAAAGGGCUCACCGACAUGGAUGCCAGCGACAUCGAGGAGUUUCUUGAGGCUAAUCCUUCAGAGGCGGAGGCGGAAGCCAUGGCGGAAGAGGCCCGGACUGUUCCCCUGAUCCCUCACUGGAGCAAGACGCGGUCCUGGACCAGCCUCCUGGAGGUCCUCCUCGAGGAAGCGGAUGGCGCUUGGCAACAGCGCCGGCUGUGCAGCGUGGUGCUUCGAAGCAGGCGGAAGGGCCGCAGCUCUGGCGGAAGCCCGGCCAUCGGCGUGGCGAAUCCGCAAGAGCCGGAGAACACCCCGGACGCCGGCGGAAGCACUCUGCUUCUCACCAUCGGGGCAGCAGCGAGAGCCGUGCGGCUCAUGCAGUGGCGAAGCCCGCCCUUGCUGGACGUACCGGAGGCUUUGAAGGUGGACCCCAGCAAGUACCGGGGGAACGAACGAAACCUUCGCAUGCGGAAACGCCCGGCGGCCAAAGCGAAGAAAGCAGCUGCGUACAAGAGCACCCCACAAGGACCACCUGCGAAGGCACCUUCUGAGGAGUACAAAUCACAGCUGAGAUGCUUGAUGCAAAAAGUGCAGGGAGGCUCGUCGGAGCGGGAUGCUGUGCGAGAUUUUUGGUCGGACCUCUCUCCAGCAGAUCGGGUACAGUUCAGCACGGAGUUUCCCCAAUUCAUGCAUCUGGUCGUUGGGCUUCCGAGCGCGGUCGACGCCGAUGUGCCGAAAGCGAAGUCGGGCCUGGCUGGCCUCCCCGGCCCGCCGCCGGCACCGCCGGCGCCGCCUCCGCCGAAAACGUCAGCCGAGCUGGCCGGGAUGGCCACCGCGGCCACGUCCAAGAGCCUUCCAGUUCCCUUGGCCAGUACGACCGGGCCUGUGCCUGGCCCUGCCGUUCUGGCUGUGCCGAUUUGGCCGAAGGGCAAGGGCCCAGGCCUCUCCGCAGAAGUCUUCAAGAAACAGGAGGCUGCGUGGGCAGACCGCCUCACCUUCCACGAUGGCGUCCUGCGCGUGGACAUGAGGUCGUUGCAGCUGAUGGAUGCGGGUAUGGUUCGCUGGUGCCGCUGGGCCCCUGCCUUGCUGCAGACCCUCGGUCGUGCUGGCGGAACACUUUCAGAGGCGGAGUUAGACUUUUCGGGCAAUGCUCUCGAGGCGUGUGCCCAUACCUCGCAAUGCAUCGCAGCUUCGCAGGGCGGGCGGACACCCCCCUGCCGCCUCGCAUUCCCCAUGGAUGGCGGGGAUGAGGGCGUUUUCGAGGUUGAGGACCUGCUAGAUUUCAGGCAUGCCGACGGCAAGGAUUUGUAUUUGGUGAAAUGGAAGGGUUACAGCGAGACGUCUUGGGAACCGGAUGAGAACAUCGGCUCCGAGCUCGCUGACUUGAAACGCACUGCCAGGGCGAAGGCGGGUCAAGGGCCGGAAGAUGGCAAGAAGAGGAAAAAGAAAGGUGACGGGGAGGAAAAGGUAAAGAAGGAGAAGAAGAAGGAGAAGAAAAAGCGGAAGAGAGGGUCCAGUGAUGACAGGAAGCGAAGUUCUGAUUCCGAACGGAAUGAGAAGGGGAUGCCCAUGCCACCUCCCGGGAUGAUGCCGCCUGGCAUGUUGCCACCUGGAAUGAUGCCGCCACCUGGCAUGAUGCCCCCCGGAAUGCCAUUUCCCCCACACCUUGCACCCGAUGGCAAGGGCAAAGGAGUGCCGCCCAUGCCCGGCAAGGGCAUGCCCGCCAUGCCCCCAUUCGGCAAAGGCAUGCCUCCACCCGGCAUGCAUCCGCAUCCGCCUUUUGGUCCUGGGCCAUGCCCACCACCACCCGGGCCCUGGUUCGACCCCAAGGGUUUCGGGAAGGGCAUGGCGCCAAUGAAGGGAUUCCCUGGCAAGGGGCCUAUACCCUUCCAAAGGCCAAUGCCUCCUGGUGCCAGAGAAGCAUCGGACAUGCAGCGCUUCGCCUCCGAGAAGAAGUACCGGCUCAGGGACUUUGCUCAGUCUGUCCGCGAGCACUUCACGAAGCACCCUGAUCAGGUUUCCGAAGAGAAGCUCGCAAGAGCGAAGAGUCUGGACGAGGCGCUGGGUCUGAAGCUGCAGGGCAGCCAGCUGCCCUUGUUCCUUCCCAUCGAGAUCUUGCUGACGCACGCGCUGUGCCUGGUUUGGCUGCUGGACAGCUCUGCCCGUGAUGAGCACUACGACCUGCUCCAGCAAGUUGCCAGCCUCGCACAUCACAGGGGCCAGCAGGCCCGACAGCUUUUUGUCCGAGUUUUGAAAGGAGCUUGGCCACGAAAGGUGCAGACGUCAGAGUCCGCAGAGUCGGCCUCGAAGCUCUUCGCAAGUUUGGGCUUGGGUGUGAGCGGCUCCGUCCGGGGCGGAGCGGCGCCUUUGGCUCUCCCAGGACUGCCUGCAGACGCUCGCCCAGAGCACUGGCGAAACCUGAUCGUGCAGCUCUACAAGGACCACAACCCCUCGAAGCUAGGGGACAUUGAGGCACUCAUGGGCAAGUACAAGGGCCGAGAGAGGACCUUGUAUUUAUGUAUCUGUGAGAAGUAUCGUGUCUCCCCAAACCUGGAGUCAAAGGCCAGUGCUUCCGAGAAAGCGCCGGCCGGUGACGACAAGAAGGUGAAGAAGUACCGUGAGCUUAUCACAGACAUCUACAAGGAGCACAACCCCUCCAAGCUCGCAGACUUAGAUAGCUUGCUUCAAAAGUACAAGGGCCGGGAGGAGUUGGUCUACAAGGGCAUUUGUGAAAAGUACCACGUGGAGCCGAAGACAUCCAAAAAGGAGGAAGCCAAAACGACCUUCGAGAAGUACAAGCAGCUGAUUGCAGAGAUCUAUGCCGAGCACAACAAAGAGAAGCUGGGCGAGCUGGAUGACUUGCUCGGGAAAUACAAGGGCAAGGAGAAGACUCUCUACCUGGCAGUGUGUCAUAAGUACAACAUUGAGCCAAAGCUUCCGACAAGCAAGAAGAAGGAGAAGAAGAACGAUGCAGACGACGGCCGGAAGGCUCAAGAUGGUGACGCCGAGAACGACACCAAGCCGAAGGAGAACGACCCCAGCGCAAGCACAGAGUUGGCGAAGCUGGAUGACUUCAACUUGGCGCCAGGAGCUGAAGCCGAGCUUGCUGGCAUGUUCAGGCAGCUGUUGGAGAUUGCCGUGCUUCAUGGUGCCGGUUUUGAUGAGAAAGAGGCCUCGAGGCUUUGCUGCUGGCAGGAAGCUCAGCCUCGGCAAUUGCCUUGUACACUGAGUUACCGCUUCGAGCUUUCAGGCCUGACGUCGACACAAACCCAGAAAUUCACAGAGAAGCUUUACGGGUCUGAUGAAAAGCGCUGGGAGCGACUCCUCCGGAUGUGCCCCGGAACCGAGAUCAGAGGACCGAAGGAUUCUCCUUCGGACGCCUUGGUGGUGACGGGAGAUGGUGGAGGAGCUGAGGGAAGAAAGCCUUUUGACAACGCAGUGGUUCACAUAGCUGACUCCUUGGGGCGAGCUGUGCGAGAAUGCAUGGAUGCCUUGGACUCAGAUGAUGAAGGUGCCAGGGAUCGCUGGUAUCUUCCAUGGAGUUCCGAGGAGAACGCUUACAUCCUUGAUGAGAACCUCAAGAAGGAAGUGGGCGUGGAGUACAGGAGAGGCUGUUGGACACCACGGCGAUACGUAGCGAUGCAUUCCCAUUCUGCACACCACAACUUGUGUGGCCCGGAUGUUCAAGGACGGCUGCCGGACUUCUGGCGCGAGCUCGCAGACAAGCUUUGGCUCUCCAUCCUGACUCUGAAUUGGGGCAGCGAUGUGCCUCUGGACACCGUGGUCAUCAUUCAGACCACCGGUGGCGCCGGUGGCGGUGCCGCCUCACCCAACGCAUCGUUGAUUGUCACAGCACCAACUCACGGGGAACUCGAAGCUGCCAACAGGAAAUUGGCCCCCCUCCUGUCGAAGGUUCUUGCAGGUCUUCGUGCCAACGCUGCAUUCGCCAUGCAUGUCUUGUCAAUGCCGCAGUUUCGUGCCAUGGGUCGAGCAACUUGGUACCCUGGCAUGGUUCUGGCUGCUCGCCAAGGCUUUGAGAACAGAGAGCCGGCGUCGUCAGACUCUGAGGGCGAUGUUCCUGAAGAGGACUUGGACCUUGAUGCGGACGUGUCAGAUGCUGAGCCAGCCGACUACUCCCAACCGCAUCGCCUGUCUCGAAGGAAGCUGAGAGAGGCGUACUUGCAGGGCCUGCUGAACCUCAAUGCUGCAGAUCAGGGGGUGAAGAAGGUCUGCCGCAGGUUCAGCGAUUGGAGGAAAUCCAAACCGUUCCAGGAGCAGCGAACUGUGCUGGCUUUGCUGGAGCAACUCAUGAUCAAGCUCGAAGGCUUCGCGGAUAUCGAUCUAGCCAAGCACAACAAGGAGGUACAAGACUUGGUGAAACAGCUCAACGAGCACAACACCCUCUUCCCGGUAGAGAUUCAGGACGUGGCGCUCUCUAUCCUCGACAUGAAGCCACCGUCGAAACAGCCUGUUGAGCUGCCCAUCCCUCCUCCGCCCUCGACGCCGGCGCCAAAGCCCUAUGUGGCUCCGAAGCUUCCAAAGGAUGCACCACCCCCGCUUCCUGAAAACAAGUAUCCGUGGCAGGAGAAGAUUUUCUUGGACACGCUCCUCUCCAAGGGACUCUACGGCUCCAAUGUGCUCAGCCGUGUCAUCGGGAGAGGUGGUAUGCACCACCGCCGCAUGGAGAGUGAGAGCGGGGCGCGCGUCUUCUUCCGCGGCCUUGGUGUCAGCGGUCGGGAUAUGGAUCUCACAGAUCCUACCGACUGUCGGCUUCACAUCUCAGUCAAAGGCGAGGUGCCGCAGCAAGGCAAGUCUGUGAGACGGAUCAUCAAGGAGAUCGUAGCUGAGCUCGAUGCAGAGCUCUCGGAGAGAGGGGAGAUCGGUCCUGCUCUGGACAAUCCUCGCAUCCCAGAUGCACAUCCUUUCGGUUUCAUGCUGGGCCGAGGCACGGGACCUGAGAAUGGAGAGCCCUUGAAGUUUCGCUUCCCGGAGGAGGAUGGCCAGACCUUGAAUGACAUGUUGCUCUGGUUGAAACAGGCCAAGCUGCCUCUGGAGCUCGACUCUGACACGCAGUGGCGCACUACAUUGCAGGUGACGCCUGCAGAGCCACCGGCGCCAGACGAUGCUCCCGAGCAGGCCGAGCUUGUGGCCGCGGAGUUCCGCAGGAUGAUGCAGGACUGGAGCCAUCCGAGUCCCUACUGGUUCGAGGAGCACGAUCUCCGACCUACGGGUCUGUGGUCGUCCCUGACGGCGGGCGAGGCUGACGGAGCAAUAGCUCUUCAACAAGGCCAAGGUGUUCGAUUGAGUGCCGCAGCUGUUGAGCAUUUCUCGACACUCUUGGAGAAGACGCAGCUGUCGUCCAUGCCGAAGAUCAUCAUUCUUGAGGUGCUCUCAAGACUUCGAGGUGUCGUGAGGAGGCAGGUCGAGGAUGAGCAAUUGCUGUUCUACUUGCUUUAUCCCUGGGCUUGGUUUUCUGAGUCCAUGGGCCGCGGCCUGAAGCUGCCUUACGGCAGAGACAAGGUGCAUGCGAUGCUGGCAGAGAUGGGACGCAUGGGAGGCAAGCCCACUGAGUCUCAGGUGUCGCCACCCUUCAGAGGCUUCUUCGUUGAGUGGAUGCCUCUCAAGGCAGGAACGCAGCGGCCGGAGGGGCCCUACGUUCCCUUGGUGUCGACACCGGCUGCGCAGAUGGCCCAGACGCCAAUUACUCCAACCACACCAGCAGUGGUGGCCACAACUGCAGUGAAACCGGCCCCAACCGUAGCCAGCGCUCCAAGGGGCUUUUGCAAGUAUUGGCUACCGGAACCGGUUUUCAAGUCAAGACAAGACUUGCGAGAGCUCAUUACCGGACCUGGUGGCUCUCAUUUCGCGCAUAUUCUCAGAAAAUAUCCCAACGUGGACCUGCGAGUUGAAGGUCAAAAUUCGCUCAGUGUGCCGCCUGCGCACCGGCUGCACGUGUCCAUGAGCAGCGAGGAUUCAGAGGUCUUCGAGAGUGCUUCGGCUGAUGUCUUGGAUUUGGUGGAGACUGUCUGCGACAUGGUCGGCGAGGAGCUGCAGAUGGGCGAGGAAGAGGUGGACAAAUUGAUCUCCCAGGUCCGUGCAGAGAAGUACUUCGAGGCACAUGGCAUUCGCACUCCACUUCCGACAGCACGCCCCACUGCGGCCGCGGCCAACGCAGAAGCAGAGUUCGAAUUCGUGGAUGAUGAGAUGGAACUCGAGGAUCAAGAUGACGACGACGAUGCCGACACGGAAGACGAAGAUGCAAGAACUGAAGCGUCUGAUUGUAUGUCAGAUGUGACAGAAGCAGACGGUGAGGAUGCAGGUUUGAAGGAGCUGCUGGCCCUGCUCCGGAGCUGCGACGUCCACGUGCGCACCCUGAACCUCAACGCGAAUCGCCUCACCGAGGCGUCCCUCGUCGCCAUCUCGGACCUGAUCUCGAAAUCGCGCUUGCCGAUCUCGGCUGUGUGGAUGGAGCAGAACAGGGUCCAGGGCUCCUACGGCUUGAUGCACUUGGUGCGCGCUCUGAAGAGCAACGCCCAGUACCCUAUUUUCAGGAAGGACACCGGGCGCUACACGCCGCUGAUGCUUCAUUUAGCUGGCAACAUGAUCGAGCGCCCGAUGCAAGUUACGCAGCUUGUGAAAGAAGCCUUCGACAACAGAUUCCCUUCCACAUCCGAGGAGAGGCAGUAUUGGGAGGUGAAGCAGCAGUGCCCACCUUUGCAGUUGCCCUUGUUUGAGAAACAAGAGACCUCGGCUUGGCAGUGA